AUGGCAUCUUUGGUGUCUUGCUACAAUAGAGGUUGCGGUAAAAAUUUUGACCCACAAAACAAUACCGAAGAUUGUAUUCAUCAUCCUGGAGUGCCAUUUUUCCACGAUGCGUACAAAGGAUGGACUUGUUGUAAUAAAAAGAGCGUAGAUUUUACGGAGUUCCUCAACAUCAAAGGAUGCACCAAUGGGCUGCAUUCCAAUGAGAAACCGCCGGAGCCUGAGAAACCCAAAGAGGAUGCCUCUUUGACGGAAAAUGUGGCUCCCAUCGAGGUGAAGAUUCGCGAACCAAUCCGUUCGACUGUAGUGCGGCCUCCUUUUGAAACGGUAUUGCAAAAAUUGGAUGCAUGGGUUGCACCAGCUUUUCAAAAGCAAAUUGACGAAAUGCCACCAGUAACGGUGACCAAAAAAAAUCCUACCACCCUCGCUUCCAUCGAAGCUGGAGCAGUGUGUAAGCACGGAGGAUGCCAAACGACGUAUGAAGACGCGAAAACAAACGAUAACCCAUGUGUGUAUCAUCCGGGUGUCCCAAUAUUUCACGAGGGCAUGAAAUUUUGGUCUUGCUGUCAGCGAAAAACUUCCGAUUUUACUGCCUUCAUGAACCAAGCUGGCUGUGAAACAGGGGUUCACCAGUGGGUCAGCGAAGAGGAUGAGUCGAAGGCGAUCAAGUGUCGGUUGGAUUGGCAUCAAACUGCGACCACGGUGGUAGUAACGGUGUAUGCUAAAAAUUAUCAUUACGCCAAGAGUAGCGUCCGCGUGAAUCCAAUCCGGUUAGCCAUUUGUUUAGUUUUUCCACAGCAAGAUGGAAACCAGUACAAUAUGGACAUGGAACUUCGUGGGGUCAUAGAUGUUGCAAAAUGUAAGGUGCAAAUGUUCGGCACGAAGGUGGAAAUCACAUUAAUCAAAGCCGAGCCUGGCACGUGGGCCAAGCUAGAUUUUCCCCGGGAGAAGAAAAAUGAACAGCAGCAAGCGGAUGCCAAUGCAAAGGAUACUAGCACUGGCGCUGAUAGUGACUCAGACGUGGAUCUGGAUGAUCUGGAACCCACACUUCGCACAGCAACAAUAACGGAAAUUAAAGAAUAAAUUCUUUGCACUCAAACAGCGAUAAAUUCCUUGCCCAAGUGUGGGCCCUUCAACAGGAUCGAAUAAAAUGAACAAAGAACUUAAGGAUUAAC